AUUUGCCGAUUUCAAUGGUAAUGGGGCGUCGGUCGAGAUUUUUCUUUGUAAUAGACCGUUAUAAAAAUGUUUUUAAAAUCUGUGUUUGUGGAUAUUAUGUGUUUUUUUGUGGUUAUUUAUUGUGAAGUUAUAGAUAAUGAAGUUCGUAUAGAAAUAUUGAAGAGCAACCCAAAGGAAUGCAAAGUACGGCCAACACAUAACUUAGAGAGGGGGUCUAACUUUACUUUGCUUAUCAUCAGUCAAUAUUUCAUCGAAGAAAAUAUGUGGUCCCUACCUGACCCUGACUUAAAACCGAAAAGACUGGAAACCUUAGAAAACGUAGAAUUUCGCUCAAUUUAUGAAAAAGGUUUUAACUCUCAGAUAUCAACGUUUUUCAUAAACCAUACACACAAAGUUAGAAAACAUUUUCAUGGAGUAUGGCAAUUCAGUUUCAAGAUUAUCUUGGAUAAAGCGUCUCGGUACAACGUUUUUACGAAAGCAAAUAAAAGCUCUAUUUCUAAAUGCAAUACUACUGUUAAUUUAGUAACUCACAAAAAAUCUAAUAAGGAUGUCGGAUUGGCAUUAUUGUCCGACAUCAUGUAG